GAAUGAUUAGGGUUUGAUGAUAGAUUAAUGAUGUUAAGGUCAAAAGCAUCUAUACAAUGGUUGAAUAAUAUACUUUUAUCAUGUUUAUUAAUUAAGCUGAAGCUAGUGAAGGACCAAUCAAGAUGAUGUUUUUUUUCUUGAAAAUAUAAACAACAUUUCUUGCAAAUUAUCAUCUAUAAACCAUUAUUCUCAUCACAUAGUUACAAACCACUGAGGAAAUCAUAUAAUAAAUGAUCAGGUGUAGACAAAUUGUUGGUGUAAAGAUUGGAAAAUUAUUGGUAAUAUGUUCUGUGUGUAUAUUGAUGUUAAUUAUCGUUUCUAAUUUCUACAAUCCUAAUCAACUUCAAUUCGAUGAGAAUAUACACAAUUUGCCAUUAAUUUUUGUUGGUGGUCAUCAAAGUUCAGGUACCGGGUUAUUACGUAUUCUGCUAGAUAUUCAUCCAAUGGUACGAUGUGGUCCAGAGCCAAUAGUUACAAGAGAAAUUUUGUCCAUCAGGUGGAAGACUACAUUCCAAAAAGCCAUGCUCUCACAAUCUGGCAUCUCGCAAAAUAUACUAGACGAUGCAAUUGCUGGUUUCAUUGUAUCCAUACUGAAGAAUAUGGGACCACCUGCUGAGAGACUAUGUCACAAAGAUCCUUCAUCUUACAUAUUUCUAAGAGAUUUGAGUGAAUUAUUUCCCAAAGCUAAGUUUAUUCAUGCAAUACGUGAUGGAAGAGGAGCUAUAAUGUCCACAAUAGUACGUCAAAUAAAUCCAGCUUACAAGUCGAAUGAAAUUCCUCAAGCACUUAAACAUUGGGAAGGCUUUACAUCACAAAUACUAAACGAUUGCAAAUACGUUGGACGUAAUCGAUGUAUGACUGUACGUUAUGAGUGUCUUGUCUUAAAUCCAAAGAGAGAAAUUCAAAAAAUCCUGGAUUUUCUGGAUCUUCCAUGGGAUGAUAGACUAUUGAAUCAUGAAAAGUUUGUCAAUAAUACUUCCAUGCUAAAUAAAUAUGAAGCCAGUUCUGUUCAAGUUGUUAAAGCUAUACACAAGGAAUCCUUAGAUGCUUGGGCUAAAGAAAAUUCAAUCAUACCCAAACACCUUAUUACAACUUUGCAUAAGAAUAGUAGUCUAUUGACUAAACUGAAAUAUACAUAUCCUCCAAAUUAUGAAAAACUAUGUGAAGUUGAAUUAGAAUUGUAAACAAACAGAAGCUAACAGAAAUAUUCACUAUUAUUCAUAUUCAUAUUCAUAAGGAACAGCUUGACUAUAUUUU